UUUUACUUUUUAAAUGCCCUGUUUGUUUCGAGAAGACGGAUUCGAAGUUUCUAGCCACUUUAAGCGCACAUUGUUUCUGUUUAUAAUCUGCUCACGAAGCUACGAAGAUGCUUCGCUCCAGAAUCUCAAAUUUGCCAUUUGUGGAUGGAGCGCACGACAUGUAUACGACAACUAACAAAAGCCACUUUAAAUUAGCAGACACCACAGUCGCGCCGAAACGAGACAUUAUCCUUCAGCCGGUCUCACCAGACUUCCAGCACAGAGACCAGAAUUACCUCGGAGUAAAGCACCAGACGGAGACAGCGCUGUCCUUCCCGCCGCAUCCAGCAGCUGCUGUCACGCAGCCAACACUGACCCACCUCACGAUGCUGAAAACCAACUUUAAACUGCAUUCAGAAGACAGCUGCGGAGACUUUAAGACCACUCAGUCUGAUGAGCUAAAGCCCCUACCGAUGUGUGCCGCCAAAAUCAUUCGUCCCCUGAAUGCAGUCAUGACAAGCCUCUCUGAGGACAAAUAUCCUGAGCCCACUUAUAGAGCUUCCUACAUCAAACAUAAAGUGUCCCGGACCCUCAGAGCAAAGCAGUCGGCUAAAACAGGUGUCGGAUCAAGUCUAAUCAUGGACAGAAGGGACAGAUUCCGUUCCAGUUAUCAUGAGCAGUUCCAGUACAGAUGGUCUCCUCGUCCUCCUCAGUCCACAGAGAAGCAACAAAUUCAGUGUUCAUCUGUGGCGAUGGGAGAUCAUGAAAAGACAACGGACAAGCUAACAAUGUAUUCUUCCUCAUUCAGACAAUCGGAUGGCCACGGUGCUGCUGAAUUCAAAGAAUGUCUGCUUCCUAAGAUAAGUAAAUGUCGGCCCAUCAACCUUCGGGAAGUUCCUGACCACAAAUGGACAACAGCCUUAUUUGAAGAUUUUCAUGCGUACAAAGGAGGCUCUAUUCACCUAGAGCGCAGAUGCCCGACUCUCAGCUCUGUGUUCAAAGGAAAGAUACUGAUGGACAAUAAGGACAGGCUGUCAACAACAAACCAGUGCUUUUUCCCGAAGAUAAAGCGCUCCCAGUUCUCAGUGCAUGUGGACGGAGCCGGGAUCAGGACUUUGAGCAAUGUUAAACUCGGGAGGCCUGAUCUAGAUGACACAACAGCACAGGAGCAGCUCCCAUCAAAAGAGGCGGUCCAUCCCAAACCUCCGAUCUACUCGCCUAGCCAUGUUCUGUGUGAGCAAGAACCAGAUCGGAUGCUCACAACCAUGCAAAAAGAUUUUGCUCCUCUGAACUCUAGAAGACAGAAAAUGAGCCCAAGCCAGCUUCAGCAGGUUAAGGAAAGCCAUAUCAGGCCCUGACACAGCGAACAUGACUUCAGGACAACACACAACAAAGCAUUUGUUCCCAAACCUUACUGCAAGGCAUCCCUGGAAAAGCCACUUCUUCAGCACAUCAGCAAUAUGCCGUUUUGAGUUGAAAAUGUCUGAAUCACGGAAAACGUCUCUAUUCUAAACAAAUGUCAUUUUCUGGCGGAAAGCCUCCUUUAGUGUAUUGUUCAUGCAUAUUCAAUUCAACUCCGAAAUCCAACUAAACUCUAGCAUACAAUAAUAACCAACACGGACAAUGACUGUUAUGAUGGAUUUGAUAUUGUUGAUGACGACAAACACAUUUAUGCAUAAACUGGCUUAAAAAGGACACAUACAUUUGUUUAGAGUGCAGACCUUUUUUGUUUUUGACUUUAUUAAAAAGCAUGCAUGUUUCAAA